UCAUCUUCUCCGGCAGUUUUUCCUCCGGCUCUCCCGAUUCGAAUCCCCCGAAACCCUCCGCGUCUCGAUAUGCUUCUGCUCCGCCCGCUCCCUGCACCUGCCCUGCGGGUGAAGCCCACCGCGCGGAGACCACCGCCUCGCCGACGACGACCGCCGCGUCUUCGCGCUUCAGCCUCCAGCGUCGGUAGCUCCGAGGAGGACGCCUUCACCAGGUGCUCCGGGUACCUCUUCGAGGCGGGCGUGGCCAACGCCGAGGGGGAGCUUCCCACCGCGUACGAUAUCAACGGCAUCGCGGCCGUCUACCGCCGCAGGCCGCUCCUCGUGCUCCGGCGCUCGCUGCAGAUUGGGGCCUCCUUCGGCCGCUGGUUCGCGCUGCGGUACCUCGACAGCGUCAACGAGCGCGCGGACGACAUGUUCGAGAUCAGGGCUGCUCAGCUUAGGAGGAUACUACUGGAACUUGGCCCGGCAUUCGUGAAGAUUGCACAAGCAGUUUCGUCACGGCCGGAUGUGAUUCCUCCCGCAUACCUUGAUCAACUUUCACUACUUCAAGACCGUAUAGCACCAUUUUCAACUGAGGUUGCUUUUAAUAUUAUAGAAAAGGAGCUUGCGAUGCCACUGGACAUGAUUUUCUCUGAAAUAUCACCAGAGCCUGUUGCCGCUGCAUCUCUAGGGCAGGUUUACCAGGCUAGACUAUGUUCCAACGGGAAGAUUGUUGCUGUUAAAGUACAAAGGCCUGGAGUUCAAGCCGCAAUUUCCCUGGAUAUCUAUAUCUUGAGGUUCCUUGCUGGUGUUGCCAGGAAGGCCCGCAAGCUGAACACAGACCUUCAGGCUGUGCUUGACGAAUGGGCAUCAAGCCUAUUUCGGGAGAUGGAUUACAGAGCAGAAGCGAGAAAUGGACUUAAGUUCAGGGAAUUAUACGGGAAACUUAGAGAUGUGCUGGUUCCAGAAAUGUAUCUGGAACAGACGAGAAGACGAGUCCUUAUCAUGGAAUGGGUUGAGGGGGAAAGGUUAUCAGAAGUCAGAGAUCAAUAUUUGGUUGAGGUUGGAGUGUACUGUUCACUUUCCCAGCUUUUGGACUAUGGAUUUUAUCAUGCAGACCCACAUCCUGGAAAUCUUUUGCGUACAGUUGAUGGGAAACUAGCAUACUUAGAUUUUGGGAUGAUGGGAGAAUUCCGACAAGAACUCCGUGAUGGAUUUAUUGAAGCUUGUCUACAUCUUGUUAACCGAGAUUUUGAUGGUUUAGCAAAAGAUUUUAUUACUCUUGGUUUGCUUCCUGCAACUGCUCAGAAAGAUGAAGUGACAAAGGCAUUGACAGGUGUAUUUGAAAGUGCUGUUAACAAAGGAGUUCAAAAUAUAAGCUUUGGAGAUCUGUCAGGAAAUCUUGGGCAAACUAUGUACAAAUUCAAGUUUCAGAUACCUUCAUACUUCUCUCUUGUAAUUCGAAGCCUUGCCGUCUUGGAAGGCAUUGCGAUCAGCUUCAAUCCCAACUACAAAGUCUUGAGCAGUUCAUACCCAUGGAUUGCAAGAAAAGUUCUCACUGACAGCUCACCAAAUCUUCGAUCAACGUUGUACACUCUACUUUAUAAGGAUGGCACUUUCCAGAUUGAUCGCUUGGAAUCUUUGUUAACAGAGUCGCUCCGGGCCAGAACAGAACAGUCCUUAGUCAGAAAUCAAGAAGAUAAUUAUAGUUCAAGAUUUGCAAUUAAACAAGUCCUGUCAUUUACACUCACUGAACAGGGUGCCUUUGUGAAAGAUUUACUUCUUCAGGAGAUUGCUAAGGGACUAGAUGCCCUUGGAGUUGCCACAUUAAGUUCUGUGACAUCUGCUGCAGUCUCCAGAUUUCCCUUUGCACCAUCCCCAUCACCCUCACUGAACAACGAGGAGGUCACUAACUUGAGAAAUCUAUAUCGUCUUCUGCUACUUUUAUCCAAGGCUCCUCAGAAGGAAAAUUCAUCAUCAGCUCCUGGAUAUGACAGCACUAGGGAGAAGGGAGAUGAUAGCACAGAUGAUAUUUCUCUUGUGUUAUAUGAAAUGAGGUCUCUUACAGAGUUUUUGCCAGUUCUUUCUGUCAUUCCUGAGCUUCCACCAGAGUCCCAACAGCAGUUUCUCCUCCUGCCUGCGGACUUAACUAAUCGUGUUUUAUCCCGUGCUGUUGCAAGAACCAUCAGAACAAUGUUCAUAUGAAGUUAACCUAAAGAUGUGCUCCAAAGUUCGAUCAUUUUUCUCUACGACUUCAUGAACUUCCACAUAUUCUGUCGUGGACGGCAAAACCGGCCCACCCGUACAAAGGGUGGAGAGCUGAGUUGCUGGGCUUCGUGGGCUGAUCUCAUCCCCGCGUGUUGUUGGCAGCGUGCACCCCUUCUAUUUUUCUUUUCUUUCUUUUUUCAUUUCUGGGUUGCGUGAAGCUAUCUGAAGCAACGGUGGCCGGCAGCGGCGGGAACGGGGACUCGGACGGCCCUUAUUCAACCUGAGAGAUCAAGUAUUCGAAUCUGUUUACUUUUUAUACUCUUCCUUUCUAUGUUCCAAAGCAUAUCUCGAGAGCAACAUGUCGCGGAACAAUUUUCUAGUUUUGUGAAAGGAGCUGAACAUAUGGAAUCGAAUCGAACUGAAGUGAACGGAUGAAAUGAGCUAUUCUCCCUUCCAAAUCAAUUACACUUUGCAGAUCCGCCCUCCAAAUAAAUCAAAUCAAA